AAAAAAAACAAGAAGAGGAGAAAACCAACCAGCAUCACCACCACCAACGAACGUUCAAUCAAACACUAUUCUUCCGUUUCUCUCUUGGAUAUGUUAAUGGCGGCGUCGCUGCCCUUACCCUCACCCUCACACUCACACACCUCGUUCUCCCUCAACCCACUUUCGUCUCGGUUUCACCGCUACCAUUACGGCUUCCUAAACCCUCAUCCAAACAAACCCCACAAUCGCAUUUCAACCACUCUCACUCUCAGACGCAGUACCCACAAUUUGACCACUGCAACCGCCGAAUCAUUUAGCCGAGCACAAGAGGCAGAGUCUCCCAAUCCCAAACUGUUGCUUCGCCUUGCCGCCUCCUCCGCGCUGCUCUUUCUUGGCUGCUUCGGCUUUGGUGCCGCUCGGCCCCUUCGGCUCCCUCCCGCUCUCGCCGUAGCUCCACUGCAAGAGGAAGCUCAAGAUCAAUCCGAGUUAAAAGCAGCAUUCGACGCUUGGAAGUCUAAAACCUAUGCUCUCACUGUUCCUCUCAAAAUCGUUGCUUUACGUGGCUCUGUACCUCCUUCCUGGAUUAAGGACUUCAUACAAUCACAAGGAAAGAGAUUAAAGUUUAGCUUGAAGUACAAUGCAAGUCUUGAGGGCAUCUUUUCUGAUCUAUCUAUGCCCUCUCGAAAAGGUCAUGUUUCGCCAUCAUCUACUUCGGCGGGGGAUAUUGUGAGUGUUGGUGACUCCUGGCUCAAUUUGGCCAUCAGCAAGGCUAUAAUUGAGCCCAUACAGGGGGCAGAAGACCAGGAAUGGUUCAAGGCCUUAAGUGACAAAUGGAAGGUAUAUCUACGCAGGAACUCUUUGGGGGAAAUAGAUCCUGAAGGUAAAAUAUGGGCUGCUCCAUAUCGAUGGGGCUGCAUGGUGAUAGCAUACAAGACAAGUAAAUUUCAGAAGCAUAAAUUGGCUCCUAUCGAGGACUGGGCAGAUUUAUGGCGGCCUGAACUUGAAGGGAAGAUUUCAAUGGUUGAUUCUCCUAGAGAGGUUGUUGGUGCAGUUUUAAAGUAUAUGGGGGCAUCUUACAACACAAACAAUCUCGACUUAGUUGCUGGCGGGAGAACUGCUGUCCAAAAAAAUCUUGAAUUACUUGGAAAACAGGUUCGACUAUUUGACAGUGUGAACUAUUUAAAAGCAUUUGGGGUGGGAGAUGUAUGGGUGGCUGUUGGGUGGAGUACUGAUGUUAUUCCUUUUGCAAAACGCUCAUCUAAUGUUGCAGUAAUUGUUCCCAAGUCUGGAACUAGCUUAUGGGCAGACCUUUGGGCAAUCCCUUCUGUCUCUAGAUUUGAAACGGACCGAAUUGGGGGCAGAGUCAGGGGGCCGUCUCCACUGAUUCAUCAGUGGAUAGAGUUUUGCUUGCAAGCUGCGAGAGCACUGCCUUUUAAGCAGGAGGUGAUCCCAGGUGCCUCUCCCUCUGCCCUUGAAGGUACACAAGCUGGGGUGCGUACAGUGCUUACCAAAGGUAAGCCCAAGCUGGAUUCAAACCUCAUUGCUGGUGCACCCUCACAUGAAAUUCUGGUUAGGUGCGAGUUCCUGGAGCCGUUGUCGGAUUCAACACAGUCGGAUUAUCAAUGGCUGAUUGCCACUAUGCCGAAACCUGGCCAUGGUUUGAUCCAUGGAAUGCAUCAUUACAUCUCAUUGAUGAUCCAGAACUUUUGGCUGAAAAGAAAGCUGAAUUCUAAAGUAACCUGAACAUGAAAUAGAGGUAGCAUAUGCCUCUCUUUUGAAACAACAACCUCAAAGGUUCUGAUGGGAACUGAUUCAAGAAUAUACAUGAAUUAUCUUUUCAUUUUUUUGUACCAAAAUUUUAAUUAGAAUAAAGUAAAUUGAAACAAA